AUGGGAUACUUCUACAUGUUUCUGCUACUGUUUGUUUCAUGGGUUCUCUUCAUACCGAGCACCCAUCAGUUGCAAACCUCUCAGGCUCAAGUUUUACUUCAGUUAAGAAAGCAUUUAGAGUACCCUUCACCACUAGAAAUUUGGGAAAAUUAUAAUGGAGACCUUUGUAGUGUGAUUUCAACUGCACAUAUGAGCAUUUCUUGUCAAGAUAAUUCUGUCACUGAGCUUAAAAUCAUGGGAGAUAAGCUAGUAAAGGUUGCUGAGUUUAGAGGAUAUCCAAUCCCCAACCAAACUUUGUCUCUAGGUUUCUCCAUUGAUUCUUUUAUUACCACAUUGACAAGGUUAACAAGUCUAAGGGUUCUCACCUUAGUGUCUUUGGGGAUUUGGGGACCACUCCCUGAUAAGAUUCAUCGGCUAUCUUCACUUGAAGUUUUGGAUUUGAGCUCAAAUUUUAUGUUUGGUUCUAUCCCAUCUGGGAUUUCUAGAUUGGUUAAGCUGCAAACUUUGACACUGGAUGGGAACUAUUUCAAUGAAACUGUUCCUGAUUGGUGGAAUUCCUUAUCAAACCUCACUGCUUUGUCCUUGAAGAGUAAUCAAUUGAAGGGUCAGUUUCCUUCUUCAAUUUGUAGAAUGACUACUGUGACUGAUAUUGCCAUGUCUCACAAUCAGCUUUCCGGUAAAUUGCCUGAUAUGAGUGGCUUAACUAGCCUACAUGUACUGGAUUUAAGAGAAAAUAGGUUGGAUUCUAGACUACCUGUAAUGCCAAAAGGGUUAGUUACAGCUCUCUUAAGCAAGAACUCAUUCUCUGGUGAGAUUCCCCAGCAGUUUGGGGAAUUGGGCCAGCUUCAACACCUUGAUUUAUCUUUCAAUAAUCUGAGUGGAACACCCCCCUCUGCCCUGUUCUCCUUGACAAAUCUCAGUUAUUUGCAUUUAGCAUCUAAUAUGCUGAGUGGAUCACUUCCAAAUCAUCUAAAUUGUGGCAGCAAACUUGGUUUUGUUGAUAUUUCAAAUAACAAGUUAGUAGGUGGACUUCCUCCUUGUUUGGACAGUGAUUCAGACAAGACGGUUGUUAAAUUUGGUGGAAACUGCUUAUCAGUUGAUGACCAACAUCAGCAUCAAGAGUCUUAUUGUAAAGAAGCCUGUACAAGGAAACAAUCCAUGGGAAGAGAGAUAGGAUUCUUGAUUGCUAUCAUUUGUGGAGUAGUACUUACUGUGGUGCUUGCAGUAGUUGGGGCUCUCAUUUUCUGUAGAAGAUACCGCAAAACAGUGAAAUUCGAACAGUAUACAAGGCCAAAGGCUGUGCAGGAUAAUUCACCAGCCGGGGUUUCCUCUGAGGUCCUUGCAAACGCCAGGUUAAUUUCUCAAGUGAAGCUUGGGACUCAAGGUUCCCCUGUAUAUAGAUCAUUUUCCUUGGAAGAGUUAAAGGAAGCCACAAGUAACUUCCAUUCAUCAUCAUUUUUGGGUGAAGGCUCUAGAGGAAAGCUUUAUAAAGGAAGAUUGGAGAAUGGAACCUAUGUUGCCAUUCGGUCUCUGGCUUUUUUGAAGAAAUAUUCAAUUCAAAACCUUAAAAUUAGGCUGGAUUUUCUUUCAAAGCUUCACCAUCCACAUUUAGUAGGCCUGUUGGGUUACUGCAUUGAGGGUGGUGGACAAGAUAAUUCCAAUGCCAGCAAAGUUUUUCUUGUUUAUGAAUAUGUACCUUAUGGGAACUAUCGUACCCAUCUAUCAGAAAAUUGUCCAGAAAAGGUUCUUAAUUGGUCGGAUAGAUUGUCAGUUCUGAUUGGUGUUGCCAAGGCUGUGCAUUUUCUACAUACUGGUGUUAUUCCUGGUUCUUUUAACAAUCAAUUAAGAACAAAUAAUAUAUUGCUUGAUGAGCAUCGGAUAGCCAAGCUGAGUGACUAUGGGAUGACUAUCAUCAUGGAAGAAAAUGAAAGACUUGAGGCAAAGGGUGAUGGCUCAAAAUCAUGCCAAACGACCAAAGUAAAGGAUGAUGUUUACAACUUUGGAUUUAUAUUGCUUGAAUCACUUGUUGGCCCUAUUGUAAGUGGAAAAGGAGAAGCAUUUCUGCUGAAGGAAAUGGCAUCCUUUGGCAGCCAGGAUGGUCGAAAACGAAUAGUGGAUCCAGCUGUGUUAACCACAUGCUCCCAAGAGUCAUUAUCUAUUGUGGUAUCAAUCACAAACAAAUGCAUAUCCCCUGAACCAUCAGACCGUCCUUCUUUUGAAGAUGUCCUUUGGAACUUACAAUAUGCAGCUCAAGUCCAGGCAUCAGCUGAUACCGAACAGAAAUCAGAUUCUACAUCAUAGUCUUGAUAAGACUCCUAACAAUUUUAGGCCUGUAUUUUGUUUGCUUCUCCCCAUCUUAUGUACAGUUUGUAAAUGUCAGCUUUGAUUGUUUGACAUUUUAUACGCCUAAAUAUUUUUUCAGAUAGAUUUUGUAUUGAUGCUUCAUCC